CAAAGCAUUGUUCAAAAUUGAUCCAUUUUGGCAUCCAUUGAAACUGAAACUAAAAAACAAGUUCGUUCCCAUUUCAAUCGAGAAUCAUGAAGAAGGCCACUCGCCGAUCCAAACAAUCGAGCCCGAUCGAUUCACCAGCUUCGGACGCAAACGAAAAGCUAAAUUACGAGGAGAGGAUUCGCGAACUUGAACGACAGAACAAAGCGUAUCUGACGGAAAUUGUAGAAUUGAGGAAAGAAAAAGGAAAUGAUUCUUCCGCUUCUAAUGAUGGGGUUGAGAAGCUUAAGAAAGAUUAUCUUCAGAAGCUGACUUUACUUGAAGAACAGGUUGCAGAAUUGAAGAAAAAACUGGGAUCUCAAUCCCAAUUUUCAACUCAUAGGAAAAAAGCAGAUGAAUCAACUAAGCAGUUGCAGUAUGAGAUUCAGAAUUUGAAGGCUCAUAAGGUUCAACUUCAAUGUAAGAUCAAGUUAGAGUCCGUGCGAUUCAGAUUAUGUAAGGCCUUACUGGAAAAGGAAGUUCUUCAGCUUAAGAAGGAGAGAAGAAGGAAUGAAAUCAAGGCUCACAGUUUGCUGACUUCAAAUGAGAUGCUUAAAAUGGUAUUGCAACGGAAGACUGAGGAAGCUUCCGCUGCUACCAAACGUCUAAAAGAUAUGAUAGCAACUCGAAAAGUUAUAUUUAAUCGAUCAUCUGGUGCAAAAAAUAAAAAUGGUCAAGUAAUUCAGGAUGCUGAGGAUGAACUUGAAGUCACAACUCAGUUGCACAAGUUAUGUUCUCAAUAUGAAUCCAAGAUCGAAAAGAUGACUGCAGAGAUUGCACAGCUGAAAGAAGAAAUUGAGAUGCACAGGCCGGAACAAUUAAGGUCUCAGUUACAGGAAGAAGACCUUGACAGCCCGGAGAAGGAUUUUGAUGAUAUUCAAGAUUUAAAGGAACAAGUAAAUAAUCUUGGUUGUCUACUUAAAGAAUUACAAUUGCGGAAGGAGAAACAUGACUCCAGGGAUAAGAAGCAGCAGGACCUCGUUCAUCCUGUUUUUUCUGAAGAGAGUAAUGACACGACACAAAUGGCUACCCCCGAAAUGAGCAGUUCAAAUGAAAAAAAUGUUAAGAAGGAGAGAAGAGGUGGAGGGCUGUGCUGUUCUUGCAGUAAAAGGUCCUUGUGCAAGACUACAAAGUGCAAAUGCCGAUCCAUUGGUGGGAGCUGUGGACCAUCAUGCGGCUGCACACGCUUUAAGUGCACAAAUAGGGAACUAGACACGCUAGCAGAAGACGAAUCACUAAAAUCUGAGAAUUCAGAAUGCAGCGCUAACAAAGAUGGGGGUGUGAUUGCAUCCGAAUGUGCCAAACUAUUAGAGAGUGCACUUGUUCAAAAACCUGCUAGUCGCAGUGACAACCAGGGGCCCAAAAAGAAGCCAUUGUGUGACAUUCAGAACUCACUGGGUAAUUUGGAUGCUCAAAAGCAAGGCAGGAAAAAGAAGGUUCAGAAGCCAGUAAUUCACCUUGUUACCAAGGAUCCAAUGUCAUCCUCGGCAGAAAAUAACCGAAGUAUUGAAACUGAAACAUACAAUAUCGGAACUCAGGAAAAUAAUUGAAUGAGGUUGGACUAGGCGAAGAAACCAGCUAGGAAAGAGUAAUUUUGGCUAGCCAAAUGUAUUGGUAUCUGCCAUUAUUGAAGCAGCUGAUGUUCUUUACCUAAGAAAUUCAACAGAAAGAUAACUUUGAUUAACUCUCAUUUUUCACACCCAGUCUUCUUUUCUGGGGAUAAUACAAGAGCUGGAAUUAUAUCUUUGUUAUUCCUGGUUUUUGAAAAUUCAUGUCAAUGCUGAAUUGUCGAGUGCGAUUUACAUUGUUAAUUUUCAUCUCUUGUUUAUUAUUUGCUCGUGCCAUGAACUAGUAUGUGAAAAUACCUAUCUCAUUAUUUAGGAAAUUUUGUUCUAAAAAUCCGUCGAGACAUGUAAAUCUUAUUUAACAUUGUCUCUCUACCCUAUAUAUGAGGAUAAAUUGUGUAAGUUUUCAGUUUGUC